GCCGCGAAUGUUUCAAUCACGCAAGCAGCGGGGUUAUCCGAACUUUCAAACCUGAGCUGUGGCGAGCUGGAGAAGCCAUGCCAGAGAUUUGCUUCGGAUUUGAGUUCUCGUCAUAAAAUCUGACGGUGAAAGAUGUCUUCAAUGAAAGUCCACCUGCAUCUCAGGAAUGCCUUCAAUCUCUGAAGCUGAACUUGCGGGACAUAUUUACCACAUCGCAGUCCAUGCAGAGGUCGAACGGAGGACUGUCCUCGUUUAAUCGACAACAAAAGCAUUUUUCUCAUCUCCAGAACUUUGCCAUAAAUGAUUCCAGGGAAUAGGUUCAGAUAUGCUCGAGAGUGGCUCGGAGGGAGAGAGGGCAUUCUCGGACACGAGAAGAAGUGCACUGCUUCGAUACAGCGAAGAGAGCAGCCAGUCCGAACAACGUGGACGAGGCUUUCUAAAUUUGUUCCCGACUGGUAACCGCGUUGACGUGGGAUCAUGUGGUCUGUGAGGAGGGGGGGAAAAUAGAAGCACGAGAGGAAGCCAUGUGAGCUGCUCGGGUGGCAGCGCCAGCCCAAACGUGAGACCCGAUGAGCAACAAGUUAAUCAGAUCUUAUUCGCAAACAGGUCGGACUCCGUUCCGGGAUUCAUUCAUUCACUUACUCACUCUGGACCAGGUUGUGGAUCGACAGCGAGUCGGAAGGCGACAAUCCAGCUUGGUUUCCGUUGUUUGCCUGAGAUCGACAUCAAGUUGAUGGUUUGACAAAAAGCCGUAAAUUCAACCGCGUUCGAUUCUGACACCCAUGUGCGUUCGAGCUGUCGGCUGUCACCGGACAGGCAGCGCUCGCGCCUACCCUCGCCGAGAGGGGAAGAUUGGAACGUGUUCCAAACUAUAUGAAAACUUCAGGCGCCAUUACACAGCUUCUCAGCUGCUCACAGUCGUCUCGUCUCCUCUUUCCACUUCGGCUUCGUGGGCACAGUCUGGUGUAUUCAUGAGAGAUAAGCUGCUGUCACAAGACGAGAAAUCGAUGCGUUUCUGCUGAUGAAACAGUAAAAACUUGCGAAUUUAGUGCAGGAGACAUGCUUCAGUUAGUGCCAUGUUUGGGGCCGGUCCUCUCCUGGUUCUGGUACUGCUGGUGGUUACAGACAGGGAGCGGUGGAUACUCGACUCCCGUCGACGACCAGUACAGCACGAGCGACAGGCGCGAGAAACAUGCUCUUCUAUUAUUUCUUCUGAGUCAACGGGAUUCGUGUCCGGAAGAAAGAGAUACCCCAUGAAAGCACUUUUGCAGAAACCGAUCACAUCACAGGUCACGAGGCUUUCGUCGUUGUAUUGGAUAGCGUCGUUGGUAGUUCUAGCCCUGCCACACUCAGCGAUCGCCACCAUCACCGUCGUAUCGAUCGAGUCUUCAUUCUAUCUGAAUGGAACCUGCUGAGCUCAGGAGACUCACAGACUGGAAGAUUUGGCGGAGCUCUGGAACUCGUUCUCCAUCGUCAGAAUCUAUGAAUUUAAUAGCACAGAAGCAAGAGCUGUGUAUACGGAGAAUCCUCGUUCAUCAGCCAUGCCUGGGAGAUGUUUCGGACUAGCUUCAGGAUCGAAGGGUGCGGGUCCAGAAGGGCCAGGGGAAGGGAUGGCAUUCGUGAAUCCGAAGGUACUGUGUCGACAGGUCGCUGACGGUCCCCGCGUUUGUAUGGUGUCGAUGGCCGAGAGUAGACGGGACUCGGUCAAAUUUUACACGAGAAAGAGAGGGGAAGAAUUUCAGAAGAGGGAAUAGGCUCACGUAGGGGAACGUUAUCUCUAAAGUCUUGCGAAUUGCCGAAGGCGUGAUUAUCUCAAUGGCCAUCGAUCGAAGCUUCUCUGCUCUGAAAUCGAUGAGGACGAGAGAGAUGCAGGUCAGAACGGGCUGGAAUCCAUCGAAGCUGCCGGAAGCUUUUCUGAGCGAUUCUGCAGAUCCUUCUUCAGUCUUCGGCUUGAAUUCUGGCCUUCUGUAAGCGGAGUUGUAAGGAAUCAGUGGGAUUUGCAGCUUCACUGUUUCCAUCUCGUUGCGAAGAGGAGUUUUGAGAAUUCCUCCUCGGCACUGAACCAGCCUUUCUUCUCAAAGUUCCUCCUUGACACUUCGUCUCCCUUAUUGUGAGAAAGCAAAUAUUGGGCGAGGUAUGGUCUUGGAUGAGUGUAUAGGGAGUAUUGCCGGUUCAGGGCCACACAUCGCUCUUCAGAAAGUGGCAGUGAAUUCUAAGAAGACCCUGGGGUAUACUUUGCUCUAAAACUCGAUUAUUGGCGAAUUGCUACACCGGAGAAUUGUCAAGCCUCAUUGGCGAGUGAGGCGACGGUGGCCAGCUGCUGUUCGUAUAUGAGCUGAAGCCAAACUGAUUGUCUUUACAAGGCUCUGUUCGACUGAGCCUUACACACAAGAACGCGGUCAUCGUGUGAGUACAAACUCAGAGUUACUCGGAUUCUUUUGUUGGAUACCUUCAAGAUGAGCUUUGAUAGCAGGUAGCAUAAAGUCAAGCGACAAGAUCACAAUGUGAGGGGUUCAAACCCGUGUUCGGGAAUUCUUUGCCGAGCUAGACGGGAAGAUUUCCCAAGGACCCAAUCAUCAUGCUCACAGGAACCAAGACACUAGCAUCAGAGCUGGCUGAAAAUCUCUUCUAAAAUCUCUCACAGCUGUGGCUCCGGCAAGUGGUUCGUGUGAGGAAAUCACACAACCAUGGUCUUUCUGGUACGUGAUUUGCUAGUGGAUUGGGUGGUGGGUUGGCUCCGUAAGUAAUGGCUGCAACCACAUUGCACGGAGAGUAGGGUAACGAGUUGGAGCUAGGCGUUAUCGUGGUCGUUCUUCUGUGCUCACAGCUGAACCCUGAUGAUCUCACUAAAACGCAAUUCAAAGGCAGCUCUUGAUGACGAAGCAUAGAAAACAACCGGUCCUACUUCGGGCAACUACUUUCAGCAAGCUUAUACUCAUUAUUGAUUCUUUAUCAUUCAAUAUUUUGUCUCAGAAUGUCCUGGAAGUGUACCAGUCACACUUAAACCCCGAACAGCUGCACUCAUUUUCCAUGUCCAUGGUAACUUUCUCAUCGGGAUUCGAAUUUCUUUGUGUUCGACUAGAUCAGCUACACACCAAUAUUCGAGAGGAUAUAUCAGAUUUUAGUUGGUGGCAUAAGCAUCUUGUCAGCUGAAGAGGAGAUCUAAAAUGUUUAUCAUACUGCACAUAUGCUGUGCAGUAUGAGUUGUUUGUUGGCGAGGUCAUGGAUUGGACUUUUCGCUCUGCUUUACUAGACCAUUUUAUCUGAUACAGUUCGAAGAUCAGUGGACUAUGGAAGUAGAAAGGCCAAAUAAUCACCUACAAUGGAUAUCAUACAUGCGUUAUAUUCUAUUAUGAAAGGAUGCAACACGAUGUUGGAAUGCAAUGAAAGUCAUAGAGUUGUACUGAAUACAAGGACAUUCCAGCAUCAGCAGUAAGCAUGCUCAUGGAUUGAACUUCAAGGCUAUUUAGUGGUUUCACUAAAUGCUAGGUUCUAAUUUCAACGAGAUAGGUGAAUAAUACAACGCUUGAGCACAUCAUACUUAGAAAAGGCUCUUGAAUUUGCACGCUCAGUUCCUACACGAUAUGAGCCACGGGCACAUCCCCAUGGUUGUGGUAAUUCCCACCCGAAAAUGCAAGCAGCGAUCAAGAGCUUGAUUUAAUCUUGU